GGGCAUAUGGCUGGAGACGAGAAGCUUAAUAUAGACAGUAUUAUAGGCCGUCUCUUAGAAGUGCGUCGGAUCAGACCCGGCCGAACUGUCCAACUCAACGAGGCCGAAAUCAGAGGAUUAUGUCUCAAAUCUCGUGAAAUAUUCCUAAGCCAGCCAAUUCUCUUAGAACUUGAGGCCCCCUUAAAGAUUUGCGGUGAUAUUCAUGGGCAAUAUUAUGACCUCCUUCGGUUGUUCGAAUAUGGAGCCUUUCCGCCGGAAUCAAAUUAUCUUUUUUUAGGUGAUUAUGUUGAUCGCGGAAAACAGUCGUUAGAAACUAUAUGCCUUCUCCUUGCCUACAAAAUUAAGUAUCCAGAAAAUUUCUUCUUGCUACGUGGCAAUCAUGAAUGUGCCUCGAUAAACCGUAUAUAUGGCAAACGACGUUAUAAUAUAAAGCUGUGGAAAACAUUUACUGACUGCUUUAACUGUCUUCCAAUUGUCGCUAUCAUAGACGAGAAAAUCUUUUGUUGCCACGGUGGUAAGCCUCUUCUUAAUCACUCUUCUUCAGGUCUUUCCCCUGACCUCCAAACUAUGGAACAAAUUAGAAGGAUUAUGAGGCCUACUGAUGUCCCUGAGCAAGGAUUAUUAUGUGAUUUACUCUGGUCUGAUCCCGAUAAGGAUGUUACUGGCUGGGGCGAAAAUGAUCGUGGUGUUAGCUAUACGUUUGGGCCAGAAGUCGUCGCAAAGUUUCUACAUAAGCACGAUUUGGAUCUUAUAUGCAGAGCUCAUCAAGUUCGUCAAUUGCUUUAUUAUACAUGUUUGCUAGGUUGUUGA